AUGAGUGGCUUUCAAUAUGGCUAUAUUUACCGUCAUAAAACGAAAAGAGAAAGGGAAAGAAUAAGGGAAGCUACUGCUGCUUCUGUCGCUCCAUCUUCGGAUGGUGUCAUUGACGAUGUUGAAAUGCGCGAAGCGGGCCCAGGUGAUACUAUUAGAAGGGGAAAUGACGAACAAAUACAAGCGGCUCCUAACAACCAUGUUGAUGCUAAUGAUGAUGAGGAUGACGAUCAAGAUAGUGAAGAUGACAAUCAAGAUGGUGAAGAUGAAGAUCAGGAUGAUGACGACGACGAUGACGAUGGUGGUACUGGCGACAACCGCCAUGCAUCUGCUGCUGCUGAUGAUGAAGUUCAUUGUGGUUGGGGAGAGAUGGAGGUUGAGAUGGAGGCCGAAAGGCAGAGGAAGCUUGCAGAAGAGGAGGAAAUGAAACAAAAUAUUUUGCUGAAAGAAGCGGAAACUCUUGAAGAUAAUGUCAAAUCGAACCUCUACAACUACGAACACCACCUAAACUUAAUCACAGUUCUGAGGAAGCUGAAAUCGACGGAUGCACUGAGGGCAGCUAGGGAAAGAAUGAGCAAAAUAUUCCCACUAACCGAUAAAAUCUGGUUGGAGUGGUUCAACGACGAGAUGGAGGCGAACCCCGACGAAAUAAACGAGUACUCCGAAAUGCACGAAAUCAGUGCGGAUGAGUAUCAUUAUCGACUGUCGAUACUGAAAAGGGCCGUCGAAGAUUACGACUCCGUCAAACUCUGGAUGGCCAUGAUCCUAUUCCACUCGAAGGUACUCCCACCUACGACCGACAAAGAAUUUAAGGACGAGUACGAAGAGAUGCUGAACAUCGAUCUGAUGAGGAAGACUUUUGAAGAAGCGAUCAAAAGAGUAGGUCACCAUGCCGAUGCCGACCAACUCUGGACUGAGUAUCUGGACUUUGAGGAAAACGUACUCCACUAUUUGAAACUCGCCCACCAAAGUGCAACUGAUGGAGAAGAUACUUUUGCUACUAUCAGAUAUUCUGCAUCCGUUGCUGCUAUAAAUGCUGCUGCUGCUGCUGUGGCUACUACCACAGAUGCCACAGUUGCUACUUCUCCUGCUACAGCUGCUACUACUUCUGUUAACCUUACCCCUGAGGCUGUUGCAUUUGCGGCAGAGGCAGCUGAAGCUUCUAAAGAACGACUGAAUGGAAUUCAGGAACAGAAAAGAAUAAUCAAGAAGGUUUUCUUGAAGAUUAUGUCCAUACCAAAAAUGAAUCUGGUUCAUUUCAACUUGCGCUACAUGCGUUGGUGCGAGGGCAAGCGAAGGACCCCCCCUGUGGACGAGGCGGCGAGAGAGAGGCGGGGCUACAGUGGCUUCAUUGAGUCGGCCAGACGCUUCGUAGCGGCUGAGAUGGCCCUUCUCAAGGCAGGGAUCAGAAAGCCGAAAUUUGACUAUGAGGAAAGUGAAGUUGAUCGAAUCGCUGACGACGAGCUCGACUUUCAACUCUUGGAUGCGUUCAGAAGUUCCUUCAGUUUAGUGGGCGAACUGUGUGUUCAUGAACGAAAGCUAGAAGAGAAAAACACAGUGGAAAACUACGAAGCCCUUAUCAACUUUUUGAAACUGAGCUCAACAGGCGAGUACGUCAGGGCAGCAUACGAGAGGCUCGUUAUUCAGGACAAAGACCGCGAUAGCAUGAAUAAAAACAAAGAAGGCGUCAGCAGCAAUGAUGACGUCAAUGUCACCAAAGACAGUGAAAAAGAUGAGAAUCUGGAGUAUUUGUUGAGAACGUACAGACGUUCGGUCCGUAACUGUUCCUGGUGUGUUGAUCUCUGGAUUGGCUACAUUAGGACAGUUGAGAAGAUCAAACUGGAACACCAAAAUAUUAAAAAGAUUUUCAAUGAAGCCCUCACCGUUGGCUUUGCCCAGCCUUAUGAAUAUUUAAAUUUAUGGACUGCGUACAUUGAUUACCUGAGACGACGCAUCGAUUGGUCGAAAGGCCACGAAUCAGAGUUGGAAGAUUUGAGAGACGCCUUUGACAAUGCAACCAAUCAGCUCUUUCAAUCUUUUGGUAUGAAAGGUGAUCCAACUUGCAGUCUAUUACAGUACAGAGCUUUCAUCGAGAACAGUCAGUAUAAUCAUUGUUCAAAUAUAAAUUUAGAUUUAUGUAUUUUUGACGCUUGUAUUGUCUUGAUGUCAGGAGGUGACCUGAGACAGUUUGAAGAGGCGCUGCUAAAGUGUGAGGCACACUUGAAGAGAGCUUCCGAGAGGAAGAAGAAAACUGAAAACGCAUCACCAAAGAACAAAAAGAACCUCAACAACAGCAACAGUAGCAACAGCAACAACAAAAAAUCGGAGACAAAUGGCAAACAUAAACAACAACAACAACCGGGCUGUUCAAACUGGCGGGAAACCCAACAACAACAACAGCAGCAGCAGUCUAAACUAACUCCUAAUCAGAAGUUCAUGGAGGAGGUUGAGCUGCUUCAAGAGGAGUUACGACAGCAGUAUGGUGGAAAAGCUGCUGAAGCUAAACGCGCCAAUACAAAAAGCAACAACAACAGCAAUAAUAAAAAUAAUAAUAAUAAAAAUAAUAAUAAUAACAAUAAUAAAAGAGAUGGAGUUAGACCGUACGUAAGAGCGAGGCCGAAAGUGUACGUCAGAGGACAGAUAGAUACAGUUAUAGACAACGACGGCUUCCGAGUUCCAUCUCUUCCUCCCUCCCUAUCAUCAUCGUCGUCGUCACUUUCAUCAACAUCACUAUCAGCACCGCCAUCAUCAUUACCAACACCUCCACCAUCAUCAUCAUUACCGUCAUCAUCAUCAUCAUCGUCGGCUCCGCCGCCUGGCUAUAAUAAGAAGCGUGGCAGAGGGAACGAUGAAGAUGACGGCGAAAAUGUUGUGGCUGAUGAAGCUGCUGCUACCGCUUCUGCUGCUAAGAGAUUUAAAGGAAUGCUUGAACAGUCAUCAUCAUCAUCACCACAACCAUCGUCGUCAUCAUCAUCAUCACAACCAUCAUCAUCAUCAUCACAACCGCAAUCAUCAUCAUCAUCGGCUGAAGAAUUUACUGUGUUUGUCAGCAAUUUGGAUUUCUCGCUUGGAGUAGAAGACAUUAGAAAUGUUUUCUCUGAGUUCAGUACAAGUUUAGAGAAGAACAAACUGUUCAUUAAGAAUCUAUCGUUUGAAACAACCAAGGAAACACUCGUUGCACUCUUUGAACCCAUCGGCCAGUUGAAAGACGUUAGACUAGUUACAUACCAUAACGGUAAUUCCAAAGGCCUGGCAUUCGUUGAAUAUGCUGAUGAGAAUCUUGCUGCCAAGGCCCUAAUGAAACUAGACGGAUACAACUUAGACGGGCGAGCGAUAGCCGUUUCAUUUAGUAACCCUCCUCAGAGGAAUAGUCCACUUGCACUUGAAGGAGGGAACAAGACGUCGUGGGGGUACUGCCAGAACUCAGUUGCAGCUGUUGCCAAGAAACUUGAGGAAGGAAUCCAUAAAUAA